UAUGCCACCUAAAAAAGAGGAAAUUGAUUUGAAUGCUUUACCUCCUCUCAAACAUCUAUGUGUCAAUAUAAGGAUUGAAGCAGCCAAAUCUAGAGCAACCAAACUACUUAACAUGCUUAAAACUUGCAAAUCAUUUUAAAAGAAUAUUCAAAGAGAUGAAAUUUUAGCUUUUUGCAAAGAAAAACAAUUAUAUGUUGAUCCUACCACUUUGACUGAUAAAUAGAAGAAGGUAAAUUAGUAUAAUAUUUUAGGAUCCUAAAUUCAUGGCUGAAAUUGCAACAGAACUUACAUCUGAAGUUAUGAAUAAAGCAUUUUAGUUAUUUAUUCAAGAUCAAGUCCUUGCUGUUCGAAAAGCUAAAUAUUUAGCUGCUUAAGCUUAAGCUGCUGAAAAAGCAGCUCCUCCAAAGAAAGAUGAUAAGAAAGAUACUAAAAAAGGAGCUAAAGAAGCUGUAACAGUUGCACCAAUUGUAGAACCUGAAAAGGUUACUCCAGAAAAAGAGUAUCCUAAAAAUUUCGAUUUGGUUUUCAUUGUAUAAGGUUUUCCUCAAGUACCUUAGGAAUAGAUAGAAUUAAUUAUACAUGUUAAAGAGAGAGUGAUUAAUUGGGGUGUUGUUGAAAUAAAUUAAACUGAAUAACCUGAAGAAUUCUAAGAUGAUUUUGAAAAAAGAAUGGAAGAUUUUGUUCCACCACCAACUAUAAAACGUCAAUAUUCAGAAGAAUCACUUAAUUAUGCUGCCAGUGAAAGAAGUGUUAUUGAUGAUAUUAAAUAAGCAAGAGCUUCAUCCUAACCAUCUGAUCCAUUAAGAUAAUUGACUAUCAAAGAACUUAUAUUAGAUAUGGAUCUAGAUGCUGAAGAGGAAACUAUUAAACAAUUCUAUGAAACCAUCUUUGAAGAAAUUUGUUAAUUCAGUAUAGAUCAAUAAUAAUAUGCUGAAUGGAUAACCAAUAAGAAACCAAUCCCAUUAAUAAAUAAAGAAGCUCCAAAAGAUCCUUUUGAUCUUGAAAUUGAAAGAAUAUAACAUGAAGCUUAAUUAGUAGAAGAAUAGUAAAAAGCAGCAGAAGAAGCUGUAUUAGCUGAGAAAAAUAAAAAGGGAGCCAAGAAGGAAGCAAAGAAAAAUGAAGCUGAAUUAGAAGCUGAAAGAUAAGCAGAAGCUGAAAAACAUAGAUUAAAUGAAUUAAGAAAAUAAUAAAUUUAGGAUGCUAUUGAUUAAUAAUUGAAGAUGAAAACUAAAUUACAUCUAUAAUAUUAUAAGAGACAAUUAUCUGAUGUACAAUUAUAAAAAAUUGGACCAGGAAUUUUAUUAGAAUGUUUAUUAGAUUAAUUAUAAGCUGAAUCUACUUAUUUGAGCAACUCAUAAAUUCCUCCUAGUCUUGAGGAUUAAGAUGAUUCAGAUUAAGUUAACAAAAUUUUAGCUAAUUUAAGAGGUUAAGGAAAUGAAUCAAUUAAAAAUAGAAAGUAGGAUUAAGUUACAGAAUCACCUAAAUAAUUAAUAUUAGAUGAAUGUGAUUGGAUUGAAAUGAGAGCUUAUUUUGCUUAAUUACAUGAUCAAUAAUUGGUUGUUGAUAGAGAACAUAAGAUAUUUGAUAAUCUUUGUUAUCCAGGAAUAGAUAGAUAAGGUAUGCCUGAAAUUCCAGAAAAAUCUGAAAAAAUGAGAAAAGCAAUUAAAGCUAAAUUACAUCCAUUUGUUAAUGUUGAUGUCAAUGAAUUUGAGAGAAGAUAAUUAUUAUUAUAAUUUGAAGAUUUAUUAAAGGAAAAUGAACCUGAAAAGGAAUGGCAUUUUGGUGAUAGAAUUUAUAUGGAAAGACACAAUAGAAAUACUUUAAGAUAGAAAUUCUAUGAAGCUUUAUUGCAUGAUCCUUAAGUUAUUAUGAAAUAUUUACCAGAUGAUGAUGCUCUUAUGAUAUGUUGCUAUUAUAAAAACCCUCCUGGAAGAACUUUAAGGAAAAAAUGGUCAGCUGAAUGGAGAGUAUUACCAAAUCUUGAAUAUUUUAUUUAAGUAAGAAAUUUUAAUAGUGAUUACUUUUAUGAUAUUGAUUAUCAAAAAAUUGGAGCUAUUACUGAAAGAUGUAAAAUUAUGUAUCCUACAGAUAAUUCUUUAAUAUUAGCAACUAAAUUUACUGUUGGUGAAAAAGAACGUCUUAGAUAUAGAGUGAUUAAGGAGAAUGUUAUCUUUGGUAUUUAAUGUGGAUUUUAUGCAUAAUUUAAGGAACCAAGAAUGAGUGUUUAAGAUUAAAUAAUGAAUUUAACAUUUAAAAAUGGUUUAUGUUUACGAUUUACAUAGUUGGGAGAAGUUGUUUAAUAAUAUCACCAUCAAAAAGUUUAAGAAUAAUCAUAACAUUAAUUUAAUCUUUAUGACAAUACAGAUAUGAAUUCUGAAUAGGAAGUUAGAAGAGUAAUCACUGGAUAAGGUUCAGUGAUUAUAUAUAAAAAAGAUGGUUCAAUAAUUAUUUUAUAUUCUAAUGGUAAUGUUUCUUAGUAUAAAAAUAAUAUGUGGAUUACUACUAAUAAUAAAGGUUAUAGAUAGUCUCCAAAAGGAGUAGAAAAGAUACCUUGUGCAAUCAGAACAGAUCCUGAGAGUGGAUCUAAAGUGUAUAUUAGAGAUGAUUAAACCUUAAUUAUUUACUAUAAAGAGGGCUACUAAUAUACAUAACAUUAAGAUGGAACCAUAAUGUUAUUAAAAGGAGAUAAAAUUAUUGUAGAACAUCCCAAUUUUGCAAGUGUAGUUGUUACCAUUGAUAAAGCUAAAUAAAGAUCUGGAACUAUUAUUAAAAAAAAUAAUAUAACUGUUGGUUUUGAUAACAUCCUUGAUAGAAGUAAUGAUGGUAGAAUAGUUGAGACAUUUUAUUAAGGAUGUAAAGUAAUUUCAUAUCUUGAAAAGUAAGAGAUACCAGAUUCAAAAUAAUACAAAACUAAUAGAAUUCAUCUUCUUUACACAUAAGAUGGAUGUGUGAGCAAAUGUGUUGCUGAUGAAGAAGUAGUUAUUAUUACAGCAGAAGAAAGAGUUAGAUUAAAUAACUAAGGUGAGAGAAGACAAUUUGGUUAAGACAUUGAUUAUUGGAUAUAAUUAUAUUCUCCCUCUGAGGAUAGAAAAUCAGGAGUCUAUACUAUAGAUUUGGAGAGAAAAUGUAUUUUUACUAAAGAUGAUGAAUCAAACUAUUUUGAAAUUGAUGAGGAUGGUCAUGUUGUUACUAAAUUAUCUACAACAUCACCAUAAAAUUAAGAACCUUAUACUCCAGAUCAAAUUCCAGAUGGUAUCUUUGUAGAUGAAGAUAAUAAAGUUUUACCUACUCCUAAAUAGUGGAUUCCUCCUAGAUUAUUUUUGGUUAGAAAUGAUAACACAGGAAUUGAACUCUAUAAUUAAUAUUAAUUAUAGGAUUAUUUUAGAUUAAAAUCAGAAAAUGCUUUUUGUACUAAAAUAAAUGAAGAAUUACCUAAUAAUGUAAAAUCCAUAUCUUUUAUUACUGAAUUGAAAUAAUAGAAUAAGAAAUUCAUUGAUGUUAAAAUUCCUCAAACUUUAGAUAUAGUACCUAAAAUUAUAUAAAAAACAACUAUUAUUGCACAUAGAGUAUUUACUUAUCGUAAUUUUUUGGAAUAUCCACCUUUUGAAAAAGAAGAAAGAAUUCAUCAUGAACUUUCUUUAUAAAAAUUUGAGACUUGGUAAAAGAAUUUAUUAAAAACUUAAAAUGAAUUUGGAAUACUUUAAAAAACAGAGGAAGAAAAAGAAAUUGAAUUUACAAUAUAAAUGAAAAUAUUAGAAAGUAGAAGGACUGACUAUUCAACUGAAUCUUAUGAUUAAGCUAAAAGCAAAAUAUAAAUACCAGAAUAAUAAAUUACUUCAGUUGAACCUUUAGAAUAAACUCUACUCAAAAGUGCUAGAGUAUAAUAAACUGUUUAAUAAGCAUUUGUAGAUUUAUCAAGAAAAGCUUAGACUAUUUAAAUCUAAAAAUAAUUCAAACCUUUCACUGAAGUUAAAGGAUUUGCUACUCACUAUUUUGAAACUAAUGAGGGUAUAGAAUAUUUGAAAUUUGCUCCAGAAAAUCCACCCAUUAAAAAACAAAGAUAAAAAGUAGUUUAAAUAAAUGAUGAACCAUAAUAAUUAUAGUAAAUAGAAUAAUUUGAAAAUUAACCAGAAGGUGUUGUUCCUUUAGAAUAACUUCCAUUACCAUAAUAUAAUAAUAUUACAAAAGUCAUUAUUAAACCAUCUGUUUUUACAUAGGCAGAAAUUGAUGAGGAAAUAAGAUAAAAGAAAUUAAAUGAUGAAUCAAUAAAAUAUAGAAUGUCUAAAAGAAAAGAUAUUGAUGUUUAUGGAAAAGAAAGAAAAGAUAAAAAACUUGUACCUUGUCUAUUAAAGACUAAUCCAAAAUUAGAACUUAAUCAAAAAUAUAUAUUAACAGAUGCUACUACUGAUAAUCGUGUCAAAAUAAGUUCUAUGGCUACUAGAGUAUAUCAAUAGGCUGUUCCUGUUAAUCAAAUAAGAAAUGAAGGCAUGCAUUAAACUAUAAUUAGAACUCUUGAUAAGAAAAACAAUUUGGAUGAACUUAUGGAUAAAAAGAAUCUUAUGGUUACUGGAGAUAUAAAUGAUAGAUUAAAAAAAGACUUAUUAAUAUAUCCUAUUACUGUAUAAUUUGGAGAACUUAGAUAAAAUGGAAAAUAUGAAUAUAAAAUCAAUGUAAAAAAUGAAGAUAUUAUGGCACAAAGAAUUGUUUUAAAAUAGCCUACAAAUAGUAAUAUAAAAGUACUCAUGAAAUAAAUGGGAUCUGUAAAUAUCUAUAAUAUUUUCUAUUUUAGAUUUCUUUAGGAUUAGUGAGAGAAGUAUUCAUUCAAAUAACAACUGAUAAAUCAGGUCAAUUCUCUGAUGAGUUCUAAAUAUUGUCUAAACAUUCAAUUUAUACAAUCCCAAUCAAUGGUAAUGUGCUAGAGUAAGCAAUCUAUGACAAACUUAACACUGAAUAAAUUAAACUCUCUAGCAAACCUUUGCUAAAGAAAAAUGUCAAAGAUUUAUUUUAGGUAUUAUUACUUAACACUAUCAUUUAGUCAAUUAAAUAAUAAAAUAUAAUUGGAGAUAGUUAAGAUUCAGAUUUGCUACCAAAAAUUAACUAUGAUAAAAAUUAUAAAAUUGAUCCAUUUCAAAAUCUAAAGAAAGAAGAUUUAUCAGAUGAUGAUGAAAAUUGA